AUAGAAAAUGAAGGGGCGACACGGCGUGGCGUGAGACAAGUUCAUUCAAAUUUUCCUUUAGCCACUGUAUGCCGACGUCGGGUCUGUUAAAUAAAAUAGUUGUCGCCGACGUAUCGGCACUGUGAAUAAAUAGGCAACGUGAUCAUUUUCCGCGGUCAUUACACAAAUUAGUGUCUUAGAGUCGGUACGCCUCCCAUUGAGAUAUUGACAUUUGUCAACUGUGAUAUAACGAUACUUUCGGUAUCUUGUUAGUAUUUUUUAGGUUAAAUCCCUCUACCUGUGAUGAUCAGUGCUGCAUCGUAGUCUAUCAAACUGUGCCGGCGGUUUCAGUGAUAAUAGAACUGUAGUUUUUUGGAGGUUGCUAACAUGGCUUAUAAUUUGGACAUUACUCCGAAUUACUCCUAUGUAUUCGAAUUCGAGAACGAAUUCAUUCAUCAGAACUCUCGGAAAUGGAUGACAGAAAAUUGGACUGUCGCGUUUUACUAUGUGGGAGUCUACAUGGCCUUUAUUUUCUUUGGGCAGUUGUACAUGCAGAACAGACCUAGAUUCGAGCUCCGGCGCACCCUGAUUGUGUGGAACAGUAUGCUGGCCGCGUUCAGCAUCAUGGGCGCCUGUCGGACGCUGCCAGAGUUCAUCCACGUGCUGCGCAACUAUGGGAUCUCACACUCCAUCUGUGUGCCAAGCUUCAUCGAGCAAGACAAAGUGUCCGGCUUCUGGACAUGGAUGUUCGUGCUGUCGAAGCUGCCCGAGCUCGGCGACACAGUGUUCAUAGUGUUGCGCAAGAAGCCGCUGAUAUUCCUCCACUGGUACCACCACAUCACCGUGCUGUUGUACACCUGGUACUCCUUCACUGAGUACACUUCCUCCGCGCGCUGGUUCGUCGUUAUGAACUAUUGUGUUCACAGUGUGAUGUACUCAUACUACGCGUUAAUUAGCAUGGGCAAGCGGCCGCCCCGCUUCCUCGCGAUGACCAUAACGGGUCUGCAGCUCACGCAGAUGAUAGUCGGCUGCGCCAUCAACGUCUGGGCGCACAACUAUAUGGCCACCGCUCCCCCCCACUCCUGCCACAUCUCAAACAUCAACAUCAAACUCUCCAUGACCAUGUACUUCUCCUACUUCGUACUUUUCGCCCAAUUCUUCUACAAAUCCUACCUCGCCCCAAAAGGCAAGAAGGUAAAAGAAGACCCGAUGCCAGAAAUUCCUCGCUCUAAGAAGGUUGAGAGCAAUGGUUAUCCGAGGCAGAGAAACGGUGUAGUGGCCGCGCACUAGUCUAAUCAGCUUGUGAUAUGUGUUAGAUGUAAUGUACAGGUAUUGGUUACUCGACCGAUUGGUUGUCUCGUCUCUAAUAUUACGUAUAAAGGCCAAGAUCCUCUUUGGGUUGUGUAAACGCUUGCCCGUGACAGUGGGAAACAGUUUUUCUCGCGUCAUUAAUAUAACUUUCUAAAACCUUGACAGUUUUGGUCAAGUUAGUUGAUAAUUACGAUUUAUUAGUGAGUAUAGUUAACGCUAAAAAUAAUUUAGUGUUGAAAUCAGUACAAGCAAUCGAUACAAAUAGCUUAGUGGACGCUGUGAGCGCUGUCCAUGGGUGAGCGAACACAAUAAUGCAUUUUUUCUCAUAUUUGGUCGUGAGGAUUUUUAAGAAUAUCAUACACUUCAAUUGAGUUUCAACAUUAACCACACAGUUCUUGAUUUAAAAUUCGGUUAUGGGCCGAGGAAAUUGGAGAAAUAAAAAAGAUAUAUAUUUGAUAUAUGUUGUUAUAAAGUAUUGACCGUCUGAAAUAUGAUUUGUUGCAGUUUUUAUUAUUAUUUGUAGACUUUGAAACCUUUUAAAAUGACAAUGUGUUUUUUUUAUAGUUUUUAGUGUAUAUUUUAUUAUGUAGCCUUUUACUAACGAAUGUUUUCAACCGUAAAAUUUAUUUUAACUGCAGCUACUAAAAUGUUAUCAAAUACAGAAAAUCUUGACAAAGUAUAGUAUACCAGAUAUGAGAUAUUACAAUACAAACGAGAUUUAGACCACAUUGGGCAAACUAUAUCUAUCUCGUUUUAUUUGAAUGCAAGCGAUAGAGACAGAUUUGUUCCAGUGUCCAAUCGAUGGGCCGAAUCGACCGGAGAACAUUCCAUGUUUAUUUGCGAAUUUAUGUUGACGCUUCCUGUGGAGUUAUCAUUUGCGGAAUAUAUCAUGAAAUUAAUUUAUUUUUUUAAUAUGUUUUGUAUAUUAAUUAACAAAACACACGAAAAAUCUACAAGUGUACUUUUUGAGUACAAAUUUAAGUACCUACUAAAGCAAUGUAUAAAGCGUUAUUAUACAGUCUCUCAAAAAGUGUGAGUGAAUAAUAUAUAUUUAUCUAUAUCCAUAGGCAGUUUUGAAUGAAUGUUCAAAAUUAAGUGUAGAUAUAAUCUUGCUUUUUUUUAUACAUUUCCUGAUAAAAUAAUUAAUUUAGUGAGCUAUUCCGCAAAGCGUUCUAAAAUUGCACAAUCGCAUUUUGUAAUUAAUGUCAUGUUAAAUAUUUUUCUGACAGUUUCUUUUAAUUGUAAAAUGCCCUUAUGCAACGACGCGUUAGUGUAAACUUGGCUUUUGUAUGGGUUAAACUUGUGUUUUGCGAGGACGGUGAUGUGUAUUCUCCUAUAUUGCAAUUUGUACAUGGCUCUUUCCAUAGAAAAGUGCAUAAGUGUAUGAUAGAACUGGAGAAUACAACAAAAAUGAGGUAUCAAUAGCAAGCCGAAUUAUUCAGUCACAAGAAUUGAUGAUAUUAUCUCUUAAGGGCCCGGCCUCAAUGCUUCGUUGCGUUAACUUCCGUAAUGGAUUAACACAGAAUAACGCAAAAAAAAAUAUGAAGUGUCAAUGUCAAAACCUAUGUAAAACAAGGGGCGGCAACGCGCUGCGUUGACGCAAUGGAGCACGAUGCAGCAAUGGUGCGGGGCUCUAAGCCAAUCUAACAUUAUGAUAGUGACGAAGUGAUUAAUUACAACAGGGUACAAUAGAUGGCGCUGAAGAGAGCUGCAUACAAAUAGAGGUUUGAAUCGGGCAAGCAAAGUUUCUUAAUUAUGAAUUUCGUACGUUUGCUAUUGAUACUUUGCCUUGCAUACCUCCGUUUUGAAAAUAGCCAAGAUUCAGAACAAAAUUUGCAAAGGAUUGUAUUUAAAAUGUAUCUGUUAUAGUACUCUAUGUACUUGGAUACAUAAAGCUUAACAAUUAGCAUCCCAACCUGUAUAAAACAUCUAAUUUGUUGUUGUUUAACAUAUUUAUUGCAAAAAGUGAUUUUUUUUUAAAUAAUUUAUUUUUAAAUGGAUAGUUUUAACGACCUGUACAGAUGAAAAUUAUGGGUUUUCGCUUAAGACCGCACGUGCGGAUAGGAAUAGUUAAUACUUUGAAACGCUUGUAUGACAAGUGCACGAAGUGUAAGAAAUGUAAUUCCUUAUAGUGGAAUAAGCAAUAUUAAUGUUCCAGAAAUUGGCAGUUUGUGGGGUUCGUGGCUAAAAUCGAGAUGAAUUCGGGAGGAAUUAAUUUCCAUACAUAGAAAUGCAAUUUGGAAAAUCAAUGGACACUCGUGGAUUGCAAACUUGCAUACCACACACAGGGACACUUUAAAGCCACGGGUACCUUAAGCAACAUUUCACGCUCAAAAUAUCGUUCUUUUUUUUUCAUUCCAAUUUGCAUGAGUGAGAUCGACUACGUGCUAUUUCACUCGAGUCAAUGGUAAUGCCUGAGAUAGAUUUAUGUUGCGCGUCAAAUGUUGCCUAAUGUAUUCAUAGCUUAACACCAACGUCCUCGAAAGACUAGAAAGCUGGUAUCAUAAACAACGUUUGUUCUGAGAGUUUUUGUGUACUCGAAACAAAAAUUUAAAAGUUAGUAUAUAUAGUACCUCUAUGAUUGCGCUAGAGUUAGCGCCGUCGCACCUCACUCGCCCGUCUCGCCCGCGAUCGACAUUAGUGUUUAGCAUUUGAAGGGAUAAGUAAGCAUAGAUUAAUUUUUGAAUGGAAAUAAAGUUUAACGAUCAAAACUCGUCGAUCAGACGUCGUUGCGAGGUUGCUGGUAUUUUAAUAUGACCCUAUAUUUAACUGAACACAAAAUAAAGAUUUAUGAUGUAAAAUGAUCUUGCCAAAAACGAGACAAAAGAUUUAUGCAAUUUUUCAACAUGUGCGAGUAUCGUUACGUAAUCGAAUGAAAGUUAUUAGGUAAAUAAAACCUGUCGGUAGGGUGACUAUUCUUUGAUAUUGUGUACAUGUGUUCGCAUGUUCAAAUUAAUGCUUCCGGCCUACUACUGACCUUUGGCCAAGAGUGAGUGGACUUCCUCAGUUAUAAAAAAAUGGUUGUACUAACUUUACAUUAGAUAAGUAGGGCAUUUAAAAAGUCAAUAGUUUAGCGGUUACCUCGUCAAAUUCGACAUCGGUCAGUGCGAGUUUAGGUAUAACUAGUAUAGUGACUUGAUGCUACAUCGCCCCAAGUGUGGUAAGCGUCUUACAGGCGAUAGUUAGCAUAGCUUGUGUAAUUUGAAAUGGCGCGCUAUUGUCAUCUCUCUCUCUCUCUCUCCCUCUGUCCCGGUUGCUUCCCCAGCCGUAGAACUUUUGAUCUUGUUCUUUUCACCUUUACACGAUACUUGGCAUCAGUAGUUACUAGAUAAUUUUCAAGCAUUUCCUUGACGAUUUCCAGCCAGCACUUUUUGAGUUUUUCCCUUCUGUCAAGAUCAGGCGAAAGCACAAUAGCCAAACAUUUGUUUUUAUAUGCAACGUACGAAUGCAAAUUUUAUUUCGCGCAUUGUGCCGUCAUUUCAACUUAAACAAGAUAUAGUACUUUCCCCGUUCUUCUAUUGUUUAGUCACAAAAUCUAGAAACUGGGAAUAGCGUUAUUAUACCAGAUUGUCGCCUAUGGAGUGUCCAUUUCGCCAUAAAAAACAAACUAAUUAGCGAAUGUAAUGCAACGUGUCAAAGCAUCAAAUUUGUGAUUUUUAAUAUUUGUAAUUUUAAAGUACAUCAUUAAACUGAACAAAAUACAAAUGUUUGUACAAUAAUUUCCUGGCCUUUCUAUAUUUUUGCAAUUUAGGUGUGAUUUUACCAAGGAUUAGCAAAGGCACCACUGAUAGCCUCUCGUUCACACAUUAUGCCGUCUAUAUUCACUCAAAUUGAGGAACAUGACAACAGAGGUGGGUUAUGCCCGGGUGCAAACUGGGCAUAUACAUUUUUGCCCUGGCGUAAGCCAUAUCUUGUUGUCAUUGUCAUUUCCUUUGUAUAAUAUAAAUGAAAAGCUUAAAAACGUGCCGAAACAUAAACGUGAACGUUUAAACGUCUUUUUGGCUAUAUAGUCUCUUGAUAACAUAAAACGAAUGUGAAAUUAGCUAAAGUUAAGCUAAAGUUGUGUCGGUUAAUGCGUUGGACUAUAAACGAUCAUACAGUUCUAAACUAUUUUGAUAAGAUGCAGUUUAGACUAGAUUUAGAACAGGUCAAUUUCUUUAGUACCUACCAUUAUAGAAGUCACAAUUAAGGUAGGGUGUAUCGAAAGUAGGCUGUUAAUUUAUUGAAACCAUUGCUUCAUUGUAAAAUAAUGAAAAAAAAAAUGGGACGACUAACAAAUAGUGUAAAAGUUAAAAAUUGUCAUACGUCAUUGUAUAACUAAGGUUGGGUAUUCAUAGAAAUUGAGGUUUUUUUUUAGUAUGAGGAUACUUGCAUAUUUAUUACAUUUUUCUGCAGUAUUUUUUAAUUUUUGUUAUUGUUUUGUACAUCUAAAAUGUUUUUAGACGAAUAUUGCUUUACCCCUAUAUUAGACUGCCAAAAUUGAAAGGCUUGUGUUGUCGUUUUGAAUUUAAAUAUGCUACUUAUUUUUAUUUUUACUACUUAAAUAGGGUUAUAUGCCCCAGUCUUUUUAGGCAUUUUUUAUUGGUACCUAUGGUAUUCCAGGAAAAAUACUUGCAUUUCUGUUCUCGGGCUCGAUUAUUUAUUUCGUAAAUCGCAAUUUCUAAUGACAAAUUUCUUUUUUAGUUUUGUUCAAAAAUAUACAAAAAGUUACCAUUCUAACAGUGAUAAAAUUAUAAAAAAUAAAAUUAUAACGUGAUCGAAAAUCAUCGGUGAAAAUCGAGCUCCAGACCUUUCCUUGUAAAUUUAUAUAAUAAGUCCCUAAAUAUGUAUGUAAUCUAAUCGAGCAAACUGCUUUAUAUUAUGUAUUGUCUUGAAAAUCCUAUUUCAAAUGUAUUGGGAGAGUUCAUGUAUGAUAUCGUGAUACAUAAUUUUAUUCAUUACCCCAUGGCCGUAUUAUAGCGGCGAAACGUUUCGUAGCCUCUCCGACAUCAUAAGAUUUUCAUAGCGAGCGAAAGAGAUAGCAAUAGAUUAUAAUGCGCCCGAUAUUACGGCCAUGGGAUAUCAAAAUAGUUGUUAUAUACGUUGUUAUUUGUGUUUAGAGAUUGAUGAAGUGCACUGUAAUUAUCAAUAGGUUUUCUCUGAGAUUAUGUUGUCUUGCAGUGCAUGAUUCACAUAUUCAUAUAUAUCACAAUAUCUGAAUUAUAUGAAGAUGCUCUGAAAAUAGGUAUAUUCACAUAAAAUAUACAUUUCAUCAACGUGUUUGAAGCAUUUAGAUAUUUUUUUAUUCAUAUUAUUUCAUACUGCAUUUAAAAAAAAUUUCAAACCUUACCUACAAUCUUGUUCUGCCUAGGAUGACAUAGCGGUUACAGUUCCAUGAUCGAAAUGUAAAAUAUUUAAAGAUAUAUUUUUGUGAAAGAUGUUAUGUGGUUACAAUAAAUUCUGGAGAAGGUACUUUAUAGCGUCAGAUAUUCAUACAACACGAAAGUGGAAUUAUUCUUGCAAUCAUUAAUUUGUAUUUUCUGGGCAAAUAAAGCGUUAAUGCGUAUACCAUU